UCGCUAUUAAUUAUUAAUUAUGUACUCCUUAUGUACACGAUCCUCGUAGCUUAACGACAGCAACUUGCUUGAUUAUCGUUUCAAGAACGUUCAACUUGUCUAUGCAAGUGAACACCUACGUUUCAUUUAUAUGUUCAAUAAACAAUUGACAAUUAUGUCUAUACAAUUGAAUUCUAUAAUUCUUGUUUAGAACUCUGGAUGCUAGGAGAGAAAGAUGAGUAGAAAAAUUAAUUUCAAGGUAUUGUUACAUUGUUUACGAAGAUCUAUUCAAGAAAUCAAAGGUGUUGUUUUUGGGAGAGAUUUGUGGCAACAGAUGCUUUUCAAGAAAGAAUAGAAAGAGACAAAAUAAGGUUAAUUUUGAAAUCGAGAGAACAAAAGUGAGGUUAACUUUUGAGUCAAGAGGAAGAUUAAUUUCUUCAAAUCCAAAUCCAUGGUUGUUCAGUGUUGAUCAAUUUUUUUCCAACAAGAAAUUAAAGAAACGAACGAAAUUUACUCGCGUUGAAUGCGAUUUUUUUGUUUAAAAAAUUAUCAUCACGAGUGGAAAUAUCGUUGAUCGUCAAAUGAUUCAACUCGAUCCUGUUCAAACGUAGAAAAUUCUUACACGGGAAAAAAGAAAAGAAAAGAAAUGUCUCGAAAGUGGCCCACGGUUUGCUCAUAAAUUACGAAUAAGUUAGGAGACAAGCUGUCUAGUGGUAGCUAAGGACACGCUAUUUCGAUCGUCUUCUAUUUUAUAAUCUAAUUCGAUUCACUUAUGUUUCAUCGUGCACAUAGUAUUUCCUUGAUGUCUCUAUUAACGAUAAUCAUUUCUAACAUAUCUUUUUCGUAUCUAUUAUUAAAUCUUAUUAAUUUUAUAUAAAAUAUUAUUUUAUUAUUAAUUCUAUAUGAAUCUAACCUAAAAACCUAGACAGAUAUACUUUUGACGAUGAUUGUGUUAUAUAAAGAAAGUAUGAUAUCAUGAAUCUUGAAAAAUUUAAAGUAAUGGAUAUAGUAUAUUUUGAAAAUAACAUUUUUCCUUAAAGAUCCUUUAUCAUCAAAGGAAAUGAAAAAGAUUACAAUCUUUUUUUCUUAUCGUUUUGUAAUUUCGAAAAUUGCGUUUCCUUCCUUUCUUAAUAAUUUAACGAGAGUUUAGCAUAACGUGAAUUUGCUUUUAAUUAACGCUCCUAGCAGCUGACAGAAGAGCUGAGAAGAGAAAAGAGUUGAGCAUUCAACGCAUUCAAGAUCAAAGAACGCUUCUUCUGGCAAAGGCUCGAUCGAUAAGUUAGAUCACAAGACAAGAUCGUGACUUUUUAGACGUUAUUUCACGUAGUAAUCUUUUCAAAAGUUGCUGUUAUUAACUCAGGACUUAGGCAAAGGACUUUGCAGAGACUUAUAUCUUUCAGAAAGACUAUUUUUCCAAUUAUCGGAAAUUUCAAUAUUAAUAUAUAAUAAUAACGUCAAAAUAUUCAUUUCCUAUCUCGUAAAUCCACAACACGAUGUUUCCAUUUUUACGAAAAGUCUUCGUUUUAAAAUUUACAUUAAACGUUUCAAUGUGAAUGUACGAGCAAUGAUAUUAACACGUAAAAUGAAAUUUAUUCGUGCAUUAAUUUUCAAUUUCACCAUUCUUAUCCUAAAAAUUCUUCGUUUCUAUAUAAAUAAUAUAAAUCCGAUAAACUCCAAUAUCCGAUAUCACGUUGUUAAUUUUCGUUUGUUGUAACUUCCUAAUCGACUCUCUCUUUCUCUCUCUCUCUCUCUCUCUCUCUCUCUCUCUCUAAAUUCCCCGAAAAUGUGUCUGAAACGGGUUGGUUACCGUGCAACGUGAGCCAGGAUUGGUCGAGUUUGCCGAGGGAAAAGGGAUCAAUACCGGGAGGAGGCUUUCGACACGGAGGCGUAGGCCGGCGUGUUCUUCACUCGACGAGAAUCGGGACUCCCAGUCCUUGACCUUGUCGCCGACCUUGACCUUGACAACGCCCUUCAGCGGAAGCUUGGUUACACCGAGGAAACCUUGGAAAAUAGUUCUUUUUUCCCUUUUUUUUCUUUCUUCUUCUUCUUCUUCUUCUUCUUUUUUCUCUCUUCGAACUUUUCUUUAUCAUACAUUCUCUUUCAACCAUGAUUUUUUCAUUUCGAUCGUCCACAGUGAUGAUUCUUUCUUUUUUGUCGAAUGGAAUAUUGGAAGGGUGAAAAAUAUCGAUUAAUUUUACAAAAUUAAUUCGAUUAUAAUUUAUCGAGUUUUUAUUAUUUUCUUAAUUAAUUUUGGAAUUUGACGUCGGUCAAGCCGACCAACGAUCCCGGCGACAAUGCUCGUUUUUGCGCAAUUAAAAUCAUAUGUUGCAACCUUGAGAGGCGCGUGCUACGCGAGGAACGUAAUGAAAUUUAACUGAGGUUGUUAAGGUCGAUUCUAUCGGUCUCAUCGUUGUCGCUACCAGCUGCUGUCUAUGCCAUCUAUGUCGUUGCACACUUUUCCUGCACGUUCGCAUUAGUAAAAGAAUUUUUUACCGGAUUCACCGGAUGUAGCCAUUCGAUGUAACGAUACCAAGUUAAAAAUAAUUCUACACGAUCGAUUUUAAAUAGAAAAAUUUCUCAAAUUUCUUCGAAUGUUCCGUUAUACGUAUUUCAAAUAAUGUUGAAUAUUAAAGAAUAUUUCGUUAUUUCAUUGAGAAAUUGAAAUUUUACGCGCAAGUUGCAUUUUUACGAGAUGCAAAAUUUAAAUCUAUCAUUUUGGAUAUUAUAUAUCUAUUUAUUAAUAAAUUGAUUAUUAAUUGGUCAAUCUUGUAUUUUUAAUAUCGACGCUCAAGAAAAAGAAGAACGAAAAACUAUAAAUCUUCGCGAAACUCCUCUCCUCGAACGUUCUUAUAACGCUCGAGAAAGAAGAAUCCGUUCGACUGUUCUCUAUCAAUAUCUUCCUCCAUAGAGAGCGCGUGAUAAAUGCGUUUCGAAGCCGGCACGAGAAUGCUUCACGUCACUCGUUUCGAUCGCCACUCGAAACGUCUGCGAAUUGAAUACGGAGGAGCCAGCAGCAGUAGCUUUAUUUUCUAGUAGAAGCCGGUGAACGAGUCGAAACGGAAUCGAGUCCAAUACUUAACGUGUCACGUUAUAGUGGUGCUGUUCGUGCUCGUGUCGAGGAACGGAUUCGAAUUUAUUUCGUGUCUCGUGAAUUUCGUUCGUGUUUUUUUAUUCCCUCCUUUUUUUUAUGGUGUAUUUGAGGUAAACAAAAUUUGAAAGAGAUUCGAUUUCCAAAACUCGAUUCGAUUUAAUUGCCAGGAAAAAUUUGUGAGAGUCCAAAUUAAAUAUGGAUUGUAAUAAUUCAUUAUAAGAAGUAUUCAAUAGGGAUUUAAUAUAUUGAGUUAUACAUUUAUUAUAAAAAAACGGAAUUUACACGUCAUUUAUUAUUUAUAAAUAUAGUCGUUCGAUAUAAUUUUUUUUUUUAAUAUACGUAAAUUUUAAUACGUAAUUUUAUCAUUUGGUUCAUUGUAUCUCGUUCGCUUUUGGAUAUAUUAAAAAUGUUUCAGAUAAAAAUGAAUGGUUGAAUAAUUUGGGACAUGUAAUGUGAUAGCAUUAUUUUUUUUUUCGAGGAGAACACGUGAAGAUCAUACGAACUUUGUUUCUUCUUUUUUUUUAAUAGAAUCGUUUUUUUAAUAUUAGCAUGUCUCGACAUUAUUAAAAGAAAAAAAAAUUCAAUCACGUCAGUUGAAAAAUUAUUACAGUUUAGAGAGAUAAAUUUAAUAUAAUCUGCAUCCAUCGAUCAAUCGAAAAAUACGUAAUUUAAGAAACAUAAUUAUUAAAAGCGAAAACAAACAAAAUAUCAAUAUCAGAAUAUAUAUAUAUACAUAUACAUAUAUAUAUAUUAAACCUUGAACUGUUCAACUUUUAUCUGAAAGAUUUUUCGAUACGGAGAAAAACGGAGUGACGUAAAUCAAAAUGGCGAUAUCAGGAGAUACUCCGUUCAACUUGCAAAACGUUAAUAACAUUCUGUCUAUGGAAAAUAUUGCGGACUAAAAAUGUUUUCAUCGAAUCGAUCGAAUUGAACCGCGUUUGUUAUUUAACAAGCCUCAAUAAGUCGUCGACGUGAUUAAAAAAUCGGUUUAGAUUGUAGUUAAAUCAUCUAAGAUUUUUUUAAAUCUCGAUUCUCCCCACUCUGUGAGAUUUUUAUUUUAUCAAAGUGAAAAUUCUUUUUAUGAAACAAUUCGGUUUCAUAAAAGGAUAUCGGAUUCGGUAUGACAAUGAAAAGCGUGAUUGCAAAGAAAAUUGUAAGAAUCUUUCAGAUAAUUCACAAAUAUUUUACAAUAAUUUAAUCAUAUUUUCCCGUGUUUGGAUCCACGAGAUAAGUGGAGCAAUCGAUUUGACAUUUUCUACACAUUUGUUCUUUUUAUCCUCUCGAUUCCACAACCCAAUCUAUAUUUCCUUUGUACGAAUAAAUAGAGUAUCAUUCAAUACGAUCAAUCGCAGUUAAUCUUUCCCAAUGUCGUGUAACUCACUGUGCAACUAUCUCCUAACUAAUUGACAACUUUUAUAUUUUUAUAUCACGACUCGAAAUUUCUUUUUGUAUAUAAAUUAUAAUAAAAUUGUAUUUCAUAAAAAUAUAUAAUUACAUUGUUGACUAAACUUUCUAUAUAAUUUCUCAUGAAUGAAAAAAGAUUAAGAAUCUCUUUCUCUUUUAUCUUAUAUAUUCAAAACAAGCUCGUAAAUUGAACCAACGCCUCUCCCUCGAGAUACGUUUACUGAUUGUUUGUGUCCAUUACAUAGCUACUUCCGGUUCAUCCUCUUCAAAAUUCAAUCGUUUCGAGGAAAGAACGGAAACGUGUUCCAAUUUAUUCGAAACAAUCUAUCCAGGUUCGAAACGAUUUUGAAUCACAGAUAUAUACAUAUAUAUACAUAUACAUACGUAUUCCUUCGAGAGACUCGUUGGCAGGAAGUAACGAACUCGCAAACAGGCUGCGGAUUCUCCUAUUCCUCGUGAGUGCCUCGGUGAUGCUCGCUCGACACGCGACCUAGAUAGACAGUGGAAUACGAACGUUUAACAUAAGUGGACAGAUCGACGCCCUUGGCGUGAACAAGAGGAAUGGCAUUGUUUUCCGGUGGCGGUGCUGGAGGCGGAAGUGGGCCUCCACCGACCAAGGAGCCGGCUAGUCCGUCUCUGCCAUCCAGACAACGGAGUCUCAAGGACCGCCUCAGGGAGGGUAUCACUGGAAAAUUCAAUUGGCAGUCCAGGCGAAUGUCCCAGGAUAUCACCCAUUCGAGAUCCACCGAGAAUCUCACAGUACCAUAUUUCAGGAGCAAGAGUCGUAGCGUGGAUCAUGGAUUCGCGGCGCCUUUCGAUUGGGAUUCGUCGAAGAACAAAGUCGAUCAAGGACGAUUCGAGUCGGUCGACGAAUUCGCAAAGGAUACAGAUAGCGAAAGCGAGGAUGGCUCGAGAACGAGGUUAAACUUCAACAUCAUCCCCUACACGGUGGGCGAUAGAGACACGCUGACGUCGGUGGCCGCAAGAUUCGAUACAACGCCAUCCGAGCUGAGCAAAUUUAACAGACUAGGAAGUACUUUCAUUUACCCUGGCCAGCAACUUUGGAUACCCGUGGAAGGAGAAGGUCAAACAAAAAGCGGAACUGCCGACGCACCUAGUCCGGAUCCUUAUCACGAUCAUGAGUCCCAGGAUGACCUACCUCCAGAGGAAAAGGAACUUUUGGAUAACCUGAGGCCUGUGUCACCCAAAUCAAGCCAUAUGGAAAGAGUAAAAACACCUCUUGGUGUUACAAAUACAGUUAUAGAAGAGGAAGAACAGCCAUUCAAAGAAAGAUUUCUAAAAAUUACUGUUCGUCAUAUCACAGAUGGUCAGGGUGUUGUUGGUGGAGUAUUGCUAGUUACACCGAAUGCAGUAAUGUUUGAUCCUAAUGUCUCUGAUCCUCUUGUAAUUGAACAUGGAGCUGAAUCUUAUGGUGUUAUUGCACCAAUGGAAUUUGUAGUGAAUGCUGCAAUUUAUUACGAUAUCGCGCAUAUGCGUGUUGGACAUACGGAAUCUGGAAAUUUAGAUAAGAAACCAGAAAUUUAUUAUAUGAAGAAACCUUCGCAAACUGAGAAUGUGAAAUGUCAGUCGCCAGAAAAAGAAGAAAAUUUUCCGGAAUUAACAGCGGAUGAUGCUGAAAACGUAUGCAGUUAUACCGAGAGAGAUGGAGACGCUUUUCCAAAGGCCUUUGAGAGAGAUCUCGUUACUCCUACCAAUCUCCAAAAUGAAGAAGAUACAACGACAACCAAAGAAAAAGAGAAGGAGAAGGAGAAAGAGAAAGAAAAGGAGAAAGAAGAGAUUAAAGAGGUGAGCGGUGGUGGUCAAGCAAGUAGAACAUUAGAGGAACGUAGACGUUCUAUGCUUGACCAUCAUUGGCCAGUUCCUAGUAAAGAUCAAUAUCCAUGGCCAGUUGAAGAUGAACAACAAGAUUCUUUAAAUUCUGACAAAACGGAUUCUGCGAAAUCGAAGGUGAUUCCCGAAGGUGAAGAAGGAUCUCUAGUCAAACUGUCAUGCCACGACUCUGGUAUCGACAUACGUGACCCUAAUCCCCCUUUCCCAGUAGUUCAGCCUAACCCCACAAAGAAAGUAUAUUCAGACGCAGAUAUUGUCUUAUCUUCAGAUUGGGUCCCUCCUAUUACUAUUGCUCCGACGAACGUAACAACUGAUUCGCUAGAUAGUGGUUCUGCUAUUAACGGCAGGAAAAAGGCGAGUUCAGUGUCUUUUAGCUUAGACAGUAAUGCAGAGGAACCUGAGAAGGAUGAGGAACACAAAGAUGACGAUAAACAAGAGACUCGUAAAAAUAAGAUGUUAAAACGAUUAUCAUAUCCUUUGUCAUGGAUGGAAGGAUUAACUGGUGAAAAAGAAGAUGAUAAAUCUGGAUCUGAUAAAGUUUCGAGCCUUCCUAAUAGCGCGGAUUCUCAUCAUUCAUCAGUUUUCAGCAAAGUUUUCUCAAGCUCGCCGAUCAACCUGGUGAGUGACUUUAGCUCGGGCCUGUUUGCUAAAACUCCCAGCGAAGAGAGCGGUGGGGGCGGUAGAGCUGGAGGAACACCUCCGCUUACCGCCUCCUCUCUCUCCCAGGACUCCAGCAAUCCUCAGAUUUCACCUGGUCCAGGAGGGCUUAUAGGGCGGUCUUCCGUGGGCACAUUCAUCAGACAGCAACCAUUGACAUCGUCAGGUAGCAGCAGCGUGGACAGUAGUCGAGGUAGCAAAACUUCGACAACGGCUCCUCGAUUGGACUAUCGUAGUAUGGUCUCUGUCGAAGAUAUGCCCGAACUGUUUGUCAGUUUUGACAUCCAAGCACCUAAUUUUCCCGAACUCGAAGGCCUCGAACUUAUACCACGACCAGCCCAUUCUUGCGAGGAUCCUCCAUUGUACCUGAGACUGCGAACCGGAAGACCUAAAGAUAAGAAAAUUCCACGCUCAACGCCUAUUAUGAGCUACGGGAAAAAGAAAUUACGGCCUGAAUACUGGUUCAGCAUACCCCGUAACAGGGUAGACGACCUCUACAGGUUCAUCCAUGCGUGGGUGCCCUCGCUUUAUGGAGAGCUCGACGAGAAUUAUUGGCGGGAACGUGGGUACAUCCUGUUGGACACCGACACGGAUCUGUCGCCCGAAUUGUCGGGUGUACACGAGGCUGGAAAAGCAGGGGAAGGAACCACAGAGGAAGGAAAAUCUCGUCAAGACAGCGACGAGAUAUCCGAGCUGACGAGAGAAUCAUGGGAGCUGAUCAAGGCCCCCUACGUAAAGCUGUACAGCAUCCUGAAGACGUCGAGCACAUCGGCGGAUUCCGAGCAGAACCAGGACCCGGAGGUAUUGUCUAUGAGCGAGGAGCUCAGACGAGCUUUGUACACAAACAGUGCAGUCUCCAUAGACAAUGAUGUCAUCGUUCCUGAUCUGGUAGGAGUCACUGAGAUUUUAAGUGACGAGCACAGGGAACAACUGUGCCGACAUUUACCUGCCAGAGCGGAAGGUUACCUUUGGACACUUGUCUUUAGCACAAGUCAGCAUGGAUUUAGUCUAAACAGUAUGUACAGGAAGAUGGCUAAAAUAGAAAGUCCCAUCCUCUUGGUAAUCGAGGAUACCGAAGGCAAUGUAUUUGGUGCAUUGACUUCGUGCUCUUUGCAUGUGAGCGAUCAUUUUUACGGAACCGGUGAGUCCCUUCUUUUCAAGUUCACACCCAGGUUCCAGGCAUUCCAUUGGACUGGAGAUAAUCUCUAUUUCAUCAAGGGCAACAAUGAAAGUCUCGCCAUCGGUGCUGGGGAUGGCAAAUUUGGAUUAUGGCUGGAUGGAGAUCUUUAUCAAGGCAGGACACAAUCGUGUAGCACAUACGGAAAUGAACCAUUGGCGCCCCGAGAAGAUUUCGUAGUGAAAACCCUGGAAUGUUGGGCAUUCAUAUAGGACACAGCCUUGUAUUCUUUGUCUGCGAUUUCACCCUCGCCACAGCCUAAUAUGACUUGAAUCCCGAAUCUCGCGUGGAGAUUGAUCGUUGUCGGAGAAAUAUCAAAACAUAUGGAGGAUAAUUAUUAAUAUUUCCGAGAGACAUUUUACCAGAGGAGAUUAAAAAUCGAUUAACGGGAUUACCGGUUAGCUCGAUUACCGUCGAUAGAUUUUUAAACAGAGAUCCUAGACGUAUUUUGUUAAAAGUUAAUAGAAAAUCAUUGAGUGAGAGAGAGAGAGAAAAAAGAUAAUGGAAUUGUGAUUUUUAUAGAAAGGUAAUACAAAAGUCGAUAAAAGAGAAAAGAUAUAGGAGGAUAGUAAGAUGAUGAUAAUGGUGGAGAAAAACUGAAAGAAGGUCCUAACAAGUUAGGUCAAAAACUUUAAACUAAGGACUGCAAAUGACUAUAACUGAUCAAUUCGUUUAAUCGUUUGUUUUUCGUUUUAAGUUCCGUAUUUAUUUUUUUUUAUAUAUAUAUAAAAUAUUCACGCAUAUAUAUGUUUCAUUGAAAGAGUCGUCGUUAUUUUAAUUAAUAAUUUUGAUUUCACGUAAUCGCGUGUCGUUUGAAUAAAGGAUCGAAGGAUCGACCACGAUGACAAAUUUCUUACGUAUAAUGAUAAUAAGAUAAAAAUAAUAAUGAUAAUAAUGAUUAUUAUUAUGAUCGUGGUAUUGCCUUCGAACUAGUCGCGAGUAUAAUAAUAAUAUUAAUGGUAAUAGUAAUAAUGAAUCAUUUUUAGAGAUUAUGCAAUCGUUCAUUUGUUCCGAUGAUUGAUGAUAAUGAGUAAAAGAGAGAAUGAAAUGAAAGAGUGAAUGGUAAUCGAGAUUGAAAGAGAAAAUAAAUAUAUCUCCACGAUGGAGAGAAUCAAUAAUGUGAGAAAGACGAAAGAAAAUCAUGAAUCGAAUGAUGAUAAUGAUGUUGCUGAUAUAAUACUAUGAUACAAACACAACACUAUAAGAAUGCUAACCUAACCGUAUUUGUUGAUGUGUAGUUAUUGUAGAUAGAUAAAUGUAAAUAUAUAUAUUACGAAAUCGUUUAAGGUAAAAAAAAAAAAAAAAUUAAUUUUAAUGAAGGAAAAAAAUACAGUAUAUAAUACCACGCUAAUGAAGAGAACCACACGUUGCAGAAGACACUCUGCGUAGUUUGUCUCACGUAUAUCCUGAAAGACACACACUGACUAUCUAUAUAUAUGUACACGAAACACGUACUCUGUGUACACAUGAUUCGAAAAUAUUUGAGUAACAUACAUCAAUCGAAUCGAUACAAUGAUACUCUGAAUGUAAAACGAUCCUAGAAUCUGAGAGCAAAAGUAGCUUUAAAAGAAGAUAAACAGUUCGUACUGAUCUUAUACGCGUUUAACAAUAUUACAGUGAUAAAGAUCGUAAAAGAGAUUAAAAGCAUGGUACCGAUUAUAUUAUUGACACGAAGAAAAGCGAACAGAUAUAGAAAAAUGCGAAUAGAAGAAACAGCGCGUUCGCUUCUUGUGUUUCAAGUGACCACAACGAACACACGCCUGUGCCUCGCUUCGCUCUCUUUCUCUCCCUCUGCUAUAGAGCACACAUAUUUACACAUAGUACUUCAGUUUUACUCUACGAAGUAAAGUAUCAGAGCCGAAGAAAAGAAAGCAUGUUGUUGUGAUGAUGCUCUUAUGUUUUUUUUUUCAUAAGAGUUUCGCGCAAAACUCAGACAAUAAAAAAGAGUCUCAUCAUUUUUUUUUUGUUAUCCUAGUAACUUUCUCGUUCAAGAAAUGAAUCAGAAUAUAUACCAUUUCAUAGCAUUUGCAGAUAAGCAUAUUGAGAAGAUGGUAUAUAAUUUGUUUCAUUGAAAAAAGAGAAAGAAUUUUGCAAAAUAUUGUAUCAUAAGUUUUCUAUAUCGCGUCUAGUGUUUCGCUCGGCUCUGAAUAUUAAUAAAUUGAUAUUAAUCAUACACAACCACACGACCAGAAAAAAAUUAUCUGAGCUUAUAGUCUCUUACUAUGUGAAUUAAUUAGGAUCAAUAGACUGUCGCGAGAGAAUCCACCAUUUCUAUCGCUUUUUAAACAUGAAUUUCUGUUCAUCAUAAAAGAAAAGAUAGAAAAAGAAUGAAGAAAAAUGAAAAAAAAUGAUAGAUAUUAAGUAUUAUUUAACUAUAAAAGGAAAUACAUAACGUCUUUUAAGAACAUUAGACAUCGGAUAUAGAUUUUAAUCGAUUAUGUAAAUUGAUUUGUUUCAAAAAAUCAGAUCGAAAAAUUAGGUUUGAAAGCAAGUUUAUUUUGUACUAUGAAAAGGAUUUUCUAAUACUUUCAUAACGAGACAUCGAGAAAAAAUAAAAAAUUGAAGCAUUUUAUAUUGUAAUGAGACACACGAUUACUUCCAUCUUACUAAAAACAAUUUCCUAAUUCUCGUAAUGUUUUUACGAUUUUCGAUCUUCCAUAGAAUGCUGCUUUUUUAAAACUCAUUAUAAAGUUUCUAUGAUGAAAUUAAUCGAAUAAAAUAACCAUUUAUUGACUUUAUUUCAGUCGAGGAAAAAUUUAAGAAAAGCAACAUAAUGCGAUAUAAUAGAAACUAUUGUUUCUACUAUAUUCAGUAAUACAUCAGAUGGAACUCGAAUAAAUGCAAAUAGAAAUGGAAGAGAAACGAAAAUCGUAAAUCUAAACGAGUACAUGUCCGUGCACUGGUUAUAAAACGCACUUUAAAAAAAACUAACAAGUAAAAUCGUCGUUUAAAACAGAGUAAAUUUCAUUGAAUAAGCUUUUAAUCAAAGAAAAUAAGAAAAAUUAUUUAAAAAAAAAACGGGGAAAAUACAGCUAUGAAGAGCACAAAAAUAUAUAUAUUCAAAUUAUGUAGCUAUCCUACAAGCUUCAUUAGAAAUAGUUUUCAAGUACAUUGUACACCGUCAUUGUUUAGACAUAUAAAAGUUUUAAUGUCUAUAAGAACAAAAAUACGUACUCUAUAGACAUACUACUUGUGAUACUAAUGAAUUAAAAAAGAAGAACAAAGAAAAAACAAUAAAAUAAAGUUCGCUUCAAGUAUAUUAUUUAGGGCAAUUGUUUCUUUCGUGGCAGAGAAAAAGUUAUAAAAAUUAAAGAUAAAAGACAUGCGAUUUUCAAUGGAAUUGUAAUAAUAAUGUGUAAUAUAUGUAAAUCAGUCAGGACAAUACAAACUAUGUAGAAUGUGAAAGCAUUCUAGCAACGAUAAAGAGAGGAAAGAAAAAAAAUGGAAAGAGAUGCGAAGUAAAUUUGUAUAUGGCAAAUUUUUCUCUUUCUUUUCUGUUCUGAAAUGACUCACGAUCCUCGCCUUUAAAUACCGAAGAUCAUGGUAUAAGUGUAAUAUUGUAAUAUGAAAUAAAAAAAAAUAAUGUGUGUCUAUGUAAAAAUAA